AUGAACACUUAAAGAAACUAUCUCGCCAGAAGAAUGUUUUCUUUGUACAACUACAGAGAUAAAGCCAACCCUCAAGUCUAUAUGGUCGUCUAAAGAAAUGGCUAACCUCUUGGCAAGAUGGUUUUCGAGCUUUUCAAGAACAAGACUCCAAAGACUGCUGAAAACUUCAGAUCUCUUUGCGAAGGUGACAAUUCUAAGAAAUACACCUUUAAGAAUAGUAUUUUCCACAGAGUUAUUCCAGGAUUCAUGGCUUAGGGAGGAGACUUCACUAAAGGCAAUGGCACUGGUGGUGUCUCAAUCUAUGGAGCUAAAUUCCCAGAUGAAAACUUUGAAUGCAAACAUUAUAAGAGAGGUUAACUCUCAAUGGCCAAUGCUGGUCCAAAUACCAAUGGAUCUCAAUUCUUCAUUACCUUUGCACCUACUAACUGGCUUGAUAAUGCUCAUGUAGUAUUUGGAGAAAUGAUUGAAGGUGAAGAAACUUUAACCAAAAUUGAAAACACAGGUUCUAGAUCUGGUCAAGUAAACGGUAAAAUUGAGAUCGUAGAAUGUGGAGAAGUUAAGCAAGAAAAGAAAGAGGACGCUCCUCCAGCUUAAAACUGA